GCCCCUGUGCACACCACAGCUAUAUGUACUGAUGGUAUAGGCUGAGCUGAAGCAGCAUCACUGCGUAUCCGCUAACUGCUCAAGUUAAAACCGCGAGCGGAUGUCACAGACUCGGCCCCCUUUUCUCUUUCUCUCCCUCGGUUUCUUUUUUGUUCGGUUAAACAAUAGCGGGUGCGCGCGACACACACACACGGGGCGAGAGAGAGAGAGAGAGCGAGCGAGCGAGAGGAGAGAAGAAGAAAAGAGAGAGAGAGAGAGACAGGGGAGCGGGAGGGUGGGUGUCACAGGCGCACUGAACCUGCUGCUUUCAUGCCGUCAGUCUUACGGACUCUGAAAUGGACGUGAGGUUUUAUCCCGCAGCCCCGGCGAGCGUGGGUUCUUUGGCGGCGGAUCCUGCUUGCUUAAGCCCCUUGGACUAUUACCACUGCAAUAAGAAUUACUCCGGCCAAGGAGGAGGAGGAGGAGGCGGAGGUGGUGGUGGCGGCGGUGGUGGAGACGAAGAUUACGAUAUUCCACCCAUAACUCCACCCAACCUUCCAGAUCCUUCUCUCCUGCACUUGAUGGACCCCGAGUCAGGAUACCACUCACUGUGUCACUCGCUGCAGCCCAACACGCUGAUCAGCCACUACUCAUACCCAGAGCUGCCAGCCCUCAUGAUGUCCAACAUGCUAGGACAGGACGGACAUCUGCUCUCGGGCCAGAUGCCCCCGAUGCAGGAGAUGGCCCACCCAGACGGCUCCCGUUUCGACCGAAGUCAGCAGCUCCCUCUGAUUGGCAGGUCUCGGGGGAUUCUGUCGCACCACAUGGCCGCUAUGAGCCAAUCCCAGCUGAACUCUCAGGUCGGCCUCCGCAGCGCUGCUGCCCAGGGUUCCCCCUCACCUCCAGGAAGUAAGUCGGCUACGCCGUCUCCCUCCAGCUCUGCCCAGGAAGAGGAGGCCGACUGCCACCCCAAGAUGAGUGGCGAGAAGAGGCCGUCCUCAGACAUGGCCAAGAAACCAAAGCCACAGAAGAAGAAGAAGAAGAAGGACCCAAAUGAGCCCCAGAAGCCGGUAUCGGCAUACGCACUUUUCUUCAGGGAUACACAAGCGGCGAUCAAAGGUCAAAACCCCAACGCCACUUUCGGAGACGUCUCUAAGAUCGUGGCCUCCAUGUGGGACAGCCUGGGAGAGGAGCAGAAGCAGGCGUACAAAAGGAAAACAGAAGCCGCCAAGAAGGAGUAUUUGAAAGCCCUUGCAGCGUACAGAGCCAGCCUGGUUUCCAAGAGCUAUAGUGAUCAGGUGGAGGGGAAAAAUGUCCCAACAAGCCAACCUUCACACAUGAUGCCACCAAAACAACCUUUGUACAGCGUGCCACCGCAGACCCCCUCGACGUAUCUAAACCCAGGCUCAUUCCCCCUGACGGAUCUGCAGAGCUAUGCUGGCGCGACCCAUCACAGCCUUUCCAGAAGUCUCAGCCAAUCACAGAUGUUGCCCAGCAUUAGUGCCUCGCCCCCGUCAUCCUUUCAGAUUAGCCCACCUCUGCACCAACAGCUGUCUCUUCAUCAGAGCUCACUUCUUGGACAGCCAAUUCACAUGCAGCAGGUCCAGUCUCAGUCGAUCAUCUCUCAUCAGAUGGGUCUACCAACUUCACUUCAUUCACCUCCUCCUGGACAGCAGGGCUUUCCUCACAUUCAGGCGGAGUAUCAGAAUAAUGUGGGCUCACAGUCACCAGGAUCAAGCAACCCUGCUGCUGGGCAGAAUCCGGACUGGGACAGCGAGUACUGCAAUCGAGAGUGUGGCGUGAACCACUGCAGUAUGAUACCAAGAGACAAGUCACUCUACCUCACUUGAAGAGUAAAGUCCACUGGCAAACUGGGACACCUGGGAACUCCUGCGUUUAUAACUGUUUUGUUUUUUUGUUUUUUUGAAGGAUUUCACGCAAGUCCUAAAGACUACUAGUGAGCUUCUUGCCAAGCACUUAGAGUCACAGGCCUCUAUGGACGCCUGCAGAGCACCCACCACCCCCACCUACCUACCUACCUACCUACCUACCUACCCACCCCCCCACCUCCCUCCUUCUUCUUCUUCUUUCUUUAAAUUACUUUUUAAAGAGCCAUUCAGCUUUAAUAUACGAACACAAACAGUGCAGUCACGUUCUCAGAUUCUCUAUUUUUUACUUUCUUUUUUUCUUAAAGCUUUCCAGCAGCUCUCCAUCUUGGACUUUCUGAAUUGCUCGCAGAUUCAAAGGAGGCUUCAGUCUCACAGACUGUACUGUGCAAGAGAGCGUAGAAGUACGGGCGGUCGGGGCUCGAAAGACUAAACCUGUGCCCAACGAAGGAAAUAAAACAAAAAAGAACUUUUGAAUUAUAAACAGCAGCCAACCUGUCGAGGUUUAAUGGAUCUGUCACAGUGUGAUUGUAAAUAUCACUUUAUCGAAUUUAACUUGGGGAUUCAAGUCCACCUCGUUCAUUGGCUACCAGCUCGGUCCUGCCUCAGCCAAUCAGGAGACUGCAUAUUCUGUCCUGUCCCAUAAGUUCACUGCACGCUUAAAAAAAAAAAAAAAUGUUCAUUUUUGUCAUAUUUACUUAGACUUGGGACUUUUUUGGUGUCCAUUUUAAAAUCAAUAAUUGCAUUUAUUAUACCCUGGAAAAUAAAUGAUUAGGUGACUUAUGUUCCACCCCAUCUAUACAAAUCAACUAUUGCAAUCAUUAUAGCUCCUUAUUAUAUACCGUGUCACAUUUUCAAAUUCAAUUAUCGCAUUAAUAAAUGCUUCCUAUUACAUUCAUUAUACACUGUUAUGUUUUAAAAGUCUAUUGUUGCAUUGAUUCUGGUCAUCCUUUUGUAAAAUAAAAAAGGCAAUUAGAGCGUCGACUACACUGUGCCACUUUUCUUUUUUUUUUUUUUUAAUCAACUUUUACUUUAAUUUUCUCUAUUUAAAAGUAAAAAAUCAACACCCAUUCAUUAAACACGGCCCCAUAUUCAGAAUACUGAAUUAAUACUUCCUCACUGCUUAUUCAAAUUAAUUAUGGCGUGCAUUUCACAAUGCGCUUUGAAAAAUAACGAUUCCUACGGUCAUUACACACCGUUAUGUCAGUCGUUGCACUGAUUAUGGACACCCUUUCUGAAAAUAAAAAGGCAAAUGUGGCGUCGACUGUCCCGGGCCACAUCUUUUUUUGAAUCAACUUUUACUCUAUUCGAAAAAAACAAAACCCAAACAGUUACGACAUUAUGUCCAAUUCAUUAAAUGCUGCACCAUAUUGAAAACACUGAACUAAUAAGUCCGCACUGCUUACUUAAAUAUUCUACGGAGCUUCAUUACGCCGCCAGUCCAGCCUGCCCAGGGACUUGUGCCCACUGCCACCCACCACCCUGCCCUGGAUAAGCAGGUUGAGAAGACAGGCAGGCAGUGGCGUAACUCGGGGUGGGGCUUCAAUUUGCCGCAUAUCUGAACCUAUUUAAAUAGAAAAUUAAAAUGACGUAUAGAGAAAAAUGAAGAUACAUUUUGCAUGGAUUUACUCCUAUAUUGAGAAACAGCAAUAAUUUUUCACAUCUAAUUAUUUAUAAGCAUUAACCAGACAAGGAUAUCGUAGAGACGCUGCACUGCUAAGCCAUUUAAUAUAAUUACGCUGUGAAAACAAGAACCAGUGUCGUGUACCAGUGACAGGUGCGGAUGAGCAAAAACGCAAAAUUAUAAAUUAGUAGUUUAUCUUCCUAGAAAUUCUUAUCGGUGUAACGUUUCUGUUUAUUUUUAUUGCCUCAUAAAUGUCAACUGCUGUGUCUGAUGCUGUCACAGAAGGCCAGUCUGAAAAUGAUGUUGCACCAAAAUCAGAGGAUUUGACUUCUUACAUUCACGAGUGAUAUUUCUCUGAAUUGUACUGAGCCUUUUGGCCAAUAAGGCCGCGCCCAAACAUGUGCCCACCGGGGCGGACCGCCCCCUCCACCCCACUGCAGAGAGGUGCAUUACAUACCAUUAAGUUCUAAAAAAUAAAUUGUUGCUUUAUUCUGUAAACACCCCCCCCCAUAUUAAAAAUAAAGCAUUGAACUAAUAAUACACACCCAUCAGUUAAAUGAAGUCUAGCAGUUCAUUAGGCCCUGCGCCUUUAAAAGUAAUCACGUUCAUUGUACACCCUUCACUUUUAAAAAGUACAUCAUUGCAUUGAUUUGGCUCUCCUUUUUAAAACAUUCACUGCAUUAAUUAAAACUUACCACAUAUAAAAAAAGUGGCAAAUUAAUUAUGGUGGACUUUUUAAAAUGAUCAGUUGUCACAUUAGGCUCCCUUUUUGAAACCAAAUCAAUGCCUGCAUUUCUUAAACACGGGCUCAUGCAUUGAUAAGAUGCCCGCCUGCCCUCAUUAAAUGAGUGGUGCCCUAUUUCUGUGAAAACAACAAUGAGAAAGAUUUCAAAAAAAAUGAAUCGAUUGUAUUAUUUUUUGUGACAAUCAGGUUUACCCUUCCACUCACUCGCACGCUUUCUGCAAAAAUCACUUGCUAAAUUCUCAAGCAGUGGCCAUGCUAAAGUAACAUAAUUAAGAAUACCCCAUCCUUCUUUUUAAUGAAUUAUUACAUUGAUUUGGCCCUCUUUCUGUAAAAAUAACCAUUGUUACACACUUGAAUUACAAAGAGAAAACUAAAAAGGUAUUAUUAGGGCUGUGUUUUUAAAAUAAUCUUUGUCUCAUUUAUAAUCUCUCUCUAGAUAUAAAAUCCUAAACCUAAAAGUGGGACUU